AUGCUCAGUUCCUGGUCGGGAUCAAGACCAACUCCACAGCAGCUACAGCAGCUUACGCCACAGCAACGGCUAGCUCUUCAGCAGCAGCUUCAGAAUCAGCAAAAAAAUUCCGCUCCUGAUGGUGCUGCUCGUGGCUCGAGCAUGGGUUCACCAGAGAACGCACAGAGCCAGCUUUCACAACAGCAGCAGCAGCAGAUGCUUCUCCAGCAACAGCUUAAACAGGCCAGAGAGAGGCCUGGUGGCUACCAUUUUGCUACUACGUCAGCUGAAAUCUUGAAGAAGUACUCGAAAUACCCACCCUCGCUCACAUUCCAUAUCUAUGAAAACCACUUCCGCUUCAAUAACACCCAAGAUUCCAAUAUGAUACCCAAGGAUAGCCCGAUGGCUAAAUCGUUUUUACACCAUAUUCUUAAAGAGGAGAUUCCGCUGGAAAUGACGGAGUUGUUGAAAGACUGUGCGGUGAAGUUCUAUGAGGGUUGCAUAAUCCUACAGGUGUAUGAUCACCGCCUGGAGAGUGGAUCUAAAGACGACAAGAAGGGCAGCAGGCAGCUGUCACCACAGAAGGAGAAUGAUAAACAGGCCAAUGGAGAAGUGAAGAAGACGCCAGCUGAUCAAAGCCCCAAGGAGAAGCCUCAGGUUCAACCAAAGACAUACAGAACCCUCUUACGCCCCACGUCUCUCUCCCUAUACUACGAUUUACUAUAUCACACUGACCUGGCGCUUACGAAGUUCACUGACACCAUUUCUUUGCAAAUGGAGCUGGAAAUUCUCACUUUGACGAACAGAAAAGUCAAUUUGGACGUACCGCUCAAUCCAUAUAAAGAAGAACAGGCACUUAUACCGGACCAGGAUUAUCCAAAGAAGGUUUGGGACGAAGCAAAGGAGGAUUGGAAGAUUAUACACUCUCAUAGAGACGAGACACCACGCGAGCUGCGCAGGUUGCACCAAGACCAGCUUAUCAUGCACAAGUCGUCAGAAUACGAAGAGCUCAUGUUCUUGCUCUCAAGCAAAUACAAGAACCCUUCAGAGAGUACUUCCGAGAACAAGCUUGUUGUUGUGGGUCCAUCGAGUCAUGGUUCUUCGGAUGCUGUCAGUUUGGAAGGCAGUCCAUCUGUUUUGCCUACACCAGGACCUGGUACCACUACUGCUGGUACAGGCAAUGGCAGCGCUAGAGAAUCUAUGACUCCUAGCGAAUCUGAAAGAAAGCGGAACGACAAAGCCAGUGCUCUCAGUGCUACUGCCUCAAUGCUUGCAGGCAAUUCAUCGGGUCAGUUCAUGCGUUUGCGCUUCAUCGAGGAGAUCAGAAAACGUAAGGAAAACCAGAAGGCUCAAGCUGGAGCCAGUGUUGCCAGUGCUGCCGGUGUUGCACCUGUUGGCUCUCAAGCAGCCAGUGGUACAGCUUCUCCUGUCCCUGGCAUGAAGAAUGGAUCUAUUGGCUCUACCUCUGCUGCUGCUAAUCUUCAGAGACAGCAGCAGCUCAAGCAACAGGCGCUGGCGAAGCUCAUGCUGGCUCAACUUCAACAACAACAGCAGCAACAACAGCAGUUGCAAAACCAACAACCUCAGCAGCAACAACAGCCCCAGCAGACUUCCCAGCCGCAACAACAACCUUCUCAGCAAACUCAAAGUGCACAGCAGCGUUAUUGGCAGCAAAUGCAGCAGGCAAAGCUUCAAAAACAGCAGCAACAGCAGCAGAGAGUUACCCAACUCAAUACUGGAACUGGAAACGGAGCGAGUGCCAAUGCUUCUAACAUGGCUCAAAACUUCCAGAACCCUCAGAUGCAGAAGAACAUGCUUCGACAGAACAUGCCUGUUAAUCAAAACAUGAACCAGGGCAUGAACCAAGGUAUGAGUCCUACUGUGAACCAAGGAAUGCAGCAAGGUAUGAACCAGAACAUAGGCCAGAAUAUGGGUUUAAGUCCAAAUUUGGGCAACGUGAACAUGAACCAGAGGAUUAACUACAAUGGCAUGCAGCAGAACAUGAGCCCUCAAAUGGGACUGGCUAUGAGUCCUCAGAGACAGCAGCAGUCUCAAUCACCUGCUCCUAACCAAGCUGCUUUGCCAGACCGUACCAAACAAAUUAGACAACAACAAUACCAGCAGCUUCAGCAGGCCAGGCAGCAGCAGCUUAGACAACAACAGCAGCAACAACAACAGCAACAGCAGCAGCAGCAACAACAACUUCCUCAACAACAGCAGGCGAAGAGGCAGAAGGUUGGCCAAGGCCAAAUGAACCAACAGCAGCAGUUCUCUCAAGGUAGAGGCAGUAUGGUUCAAAUGGGUCAAAUGGGCUCCCAGCCUUCGUCCCAAAUGGGAACUCCAGUGAUGCAAAAUGGCACCAUGGCUACACCAAGGAUGGGAAACAUGGCUCAAUCUUCACCUCAAAUGGGCCAACAGAUGGCUGGCAUGUCUCAGCAAGGGCAAACUCCUCGUGCAGCUACUCAACCUCAAGCUACCUCUGGAGGAGCAGCUGGCGGUUCCGGUCCUCAAGCCACGGUCCAGCAACAACAACAGCAGAUUUUCCAGAUGUCUCUUUCUGCUCAGGAACAGCAUGUCUUCAAGCAAUUGCAGGCUAGAAUGAACACUUUAUUGCAGAUGGGUAAUACUGGUCUUGCGCCUAACAAGAAUAGGCUUACUCCUCAGCAGCAACAGCAUGCUAUGCAGCAGGCUAAGCAAAUCCAGCAGCUGUUGGUGCAAAAGUUCCCAACUUAUUUCCAGCGUCUUCGUCAACUUCAGGCACAUCAAAGACAGAAGGCAUUAAGGCAACAACAGCAGCAGCAGCAGCAACAACAACAGCAGGGUUCAGGAAACAUGGAUGCUUCAAUGUACCAGAACAUGAACAUGACACUGCCUGCUAUGCAACAGCAGAUGAUGAAUCUGCCAGUUAUGGGCCAGAUGAACAACAUGCAAGGCCAGAUGAAGAGGUGA